AUGGCAAUGCGAUUUACGCCUCUGCUUGUGCUGGUAUCCGGUGAUGCCCGGAAUGCGGAGCAACACGACAGUCCCCUAGCAUUCACUACGACAACAAGGGGCCUGCAUUUUACGUCAUGUUCGGGACUGCUGCUUGCCAAGGGCGAUUCCCACGAUGGCAUUGUGCUUGUGCCGGCAGCAGUCCUCCGCCACUGGAUGAAGCCUGGGGCGGGCUGGUUGGCAUCCUCCUGCGGCGCCGAGCCCCCAGCUCUAACGCCGGACUGUGCUAUAUGUGCUGUUGGCCCCGCCAGUGCCCUUAGCGAUGGCGCAGCAACUUGCAUUCCUAUUGCGACAGUUCAAGUUCCAGCACUCUCCCGUGCAGCUGCGUAUCUCCUACAGAGUUUGAACCGUGGCGAAUCUUCCGCUAAAUGGGCAUUUGAAUGGAACAUCGGCGGGCCUUGCAGCACGGCGGCGGAGCAGGGCUCCUUUGUGCUCUGCUGGGCACAGCCGCUUAGAGCCGCUGCUGCAGCGUGUACUAAUCGUGGCAAUGCGGGGGCCCCGGCGCCUGGCAGCAGCAGCGGUCCCGCUGCGGGUCAGCUACUGCCUGAUCACCUUCGCGAUGCAGCUCUCUGCCACAAUGGCUCUGGAGCCACAGUUUCGGACCUGGGGCCACUGAUCGAUCCCGCAUGUGUGGCUCUGUUGCGUUCGUUCUAUUUCUCUCUUUCAGCAACACCAGCAGCGUCGCCGCGGUGGCCAACAUCGGUGAUGUCGCCACAGCGAGGAGCUGCGUUCGCUGCAUGUGCAGCGUCGCCGCGUGUGCCGCCGUCUUCUUCAUCAAAGUGCGCGGGCACGGCGGCCUGCACCUGCACCUGCACCGGCGCGGCCCCCGGGCGCUUGGUGUCCGUGACAGGCAGCCCCUUCGGCUGCCUGGCCCCCUUCCAUUUCGCCAAUGCAACGAUCAACGGCGCAGUGGCAUGCGCUUUCCCUGCGCCGCUGGAUACCCCGACUGCUGCUGGUGGGGGCAACACGACCACUGUCGGUGCUACUGCCGCCGCCGCCGCCGCUGCCGACCCCUGCGGCUGUGGUCUUGGACCUGCGUUGUACGUCUUGGAUGCUCACGUGUUUCCCGGCAUGGAAGGAGCGCCGGUGACGCUGCAGGAACCGCCGCUGCAGCAGUCGCUGACGGCGCCAACAGCACCGGGCGCCGCUGACGGUGGCAGUAUCGACAGCAUCGCACUGCUGCCGGAGCCACCGCUGGCGCUGCUGUGCACUCCCAUCAGCCGCCGCGCUGACGGCGUCCAGAUGCCACUGGCGGCAGCCUGGAGCCACGUGGCAGCGGCGCUGAAAGGCGUCCUUGCGCAGCUGCUACUGCAGGCUCUGGGUCCGUCAGCCGUCGAUAGUACGGCUUUAAUAGCCCAUCUGACCGCUACCACUGACGCAGUGAAGGCGGGGAAGCAGCAGCUGCAGCUACAGCCCGUUGCCGCGUCGCGAAUAGUACCACAAGGUGCUACAACUGCUGUCACGAGGGGUUGCGGUGGUGGCUGGCGGCAUAGUGUACGGCCAGAAUGUGGUAGCGGAGGCAGCAGUGGCUGCAGAGGAGGAGGAGGCGGACAAGCACAGCCCCCUUCAGGGCGGCUGUGGGGGGGAGCUGGAGGGAGCGCCUACAGACCCGAGGCGGGCGAAGACGUGUUGGGUGACUGGGCUGAGGUGGGUGAUAGUGCUGCGGCUACCUGGCCUAAUGGCGGCGGCGAGGUCACCGCCGUCACGGUGCCGCCAGUCACGGCUAUGUCCUGUUGCAGCGGCGCCGUCACUAGGGCUGUAGCCGCUGGCAGCCCUGCGGUCGCGACCAUCUCCACGUCCCCGUCGGGUCGAUGUCCCACCCCGACCACAGCUAACUCGCACACUGCCGCCGGUGCCAGCGCUGCCCUGCUACAGCCGCUGGCGGCGGCGCCGACGCUGGCCGCCGCCGGCGUGGAGCUGCCCCCUUGGGUGCUGCAAGCCGUGGUCCUGCUCCGCUGUAACGGCUCCUGGGCGACGGGGGUUGUUGUGGAGGGCCGAUCGGGGCUGUUCAUUACCACGGCACACCUCUUUCAGCGCCCGCCCCACACGAACGCUGCAGGGGGCCCCAGCCAGCUGCAUGGGAAGCGGGGUGGCGCCGGUGGCAGCGCCGGCAGCAGCAGUGGUGACGUCUGGACGCACUUGCAAUGCUGGGCAAGGGUCCCGUGGGUCAGUGACAGUGGCGGCGGCGGCGACACUCGGAAACCCGCUGGCCGUGCCGGACUCGCGUAUCGAUGGAUGCGAGCUCGUGUGCUGUACAUAUGGUCAAACCACCUUGACCUUGCCGUAUUACAGCUGGAGCCGUCGUACGGCAGCAGCUGGGCGGCGGAAUCGAUGGCGGCGGCCCUGGUAGCAGUGCAUGAAACAGCGCACGCCAGGGUCGACUCCGAACUGGAAGCCUGUGUGUUUCGGCGAUUUUCAGCGCCAGUGCCGGUGGCGGUGGCGGAGGUGACGGAGCCCCAGUGCGCCGCGAGUGAUGGCUGCCGCAAUCUUGACGUUGCCGGCGCUGAGUCGCGCGAGCUGUACGGCCCAGGUAGCCCCGUGUGGGCUGUAGGGCACAGCCUGGUGGGCCCUGCGGCGGAAUGGCCGGCGCUGGUGUCGUACGGCUGUAUUGCACGGGUGGUACGGGUCCGCUCCGGGCGACCCACCAUGAUCAUCGCCACCACCACCACACAUGCGGGCGGCAGUGGGGGCGCGCUGCUGGAUGCGCGAGGUCGACUGGUGGGCUUGGUGACCAGCAACGCCAGACAUGCCGGGGUUACGACGUUGCCGAAUAUGGCCUUCUGCAUCGCAGCGGAGGAGCUGGAACCCGUAAUUCGCUGGGCAGCAGCACAAGGCUGCUGGGGCACUCAGACUACUGCUGAUACAGCCAAACCGACACCUGCUGCUGCUGCUGCUGCUGCUGCUGCUGGGCCGAUGGCGAGGGCGGCGAAGGACAUGGUGAUGUCGUCGGCGCCGUUCCCCCCCCGGUGCGGCUGGGCUGCGUUGGAGGCGCUGGAUGAGGACGACCCGGACGCCGCCAGGAUCUGGCGGUUGCAGAUGCCGUCCUUAGAGCGGGUCCUGGCGCCGGUCGGCCUCGCCGCCGCCGCCGCUGCAUCAGGGAUCUCUGAGCCGUUGCUGGCUGCAGCGCAGAGAGCAGCAGCUAUCGCCGCGGCAAGGGCCCGCGGAGGCGGAAGCUUGGAAGUGGGGGCUGUACACCCGUCUUCCACUGGCGUAUGGAGUCGGUUGUGA